AUGAAUAACAAAGCACUGCGUGUAGUCGCUGCCAUAGAUUUUGGGACUACCUUUUCGGGUUUCGCUUAUGCUCAUUUUUCUAGUAAAAAUAUAAUCGUACACGAUGAAUGGGAUGAAUCCAUUGGACAAUUUAAACAUCCCACAACGUUAAAAUACGAUGAUUCAUUUAAUGUGAUAUCUUGGGGAUACCCUGCAUUAGCUGAAAAACCAAGCAAGACAAAGGCACCUUCAAAAACGAGACCUGCGGAAAGAUUCAAGUUAUGUUUAGGUGAAAUACGAGAAGAAGAUAUUACAUUUACUCCUUAUCUACCAGAUGGUUUAGAUUAUAAAAAGGCUAUUGAAGAUUAUAUUAGAAAAAUGAGCAAUCUGAUAAAAGAUACUUUAAGAAAUCGAUGGCCAGAAGUCGAUUUUUAUACACAAAUUCCGGCUGAAUUCGGAACUAAAGCUGUGCGAACUUUGCGUGAUUGUGCGUUCGCUGCCGAACUAAUUAAAGAUCCGGACACUCCGAAUUUAAAAUUUAUAGAAGAACCCGAAGCUGCAGCCAUCCAAUGUAUGAAGAACCUAAAAGAACUUAACAUCCGUACUGGUUCAACAUAUAUGGUGGUUGAUUGUGGCGGUGGUACCGUUGAUUUGACAACUCGAAAACUCUUGCCGGGUAAAAGACUUGGUGAAAAAACGAUAAGCAAAGGCGAUUAUUGUGGUGGGAUUUUUGUUGAUGAAGAAUUCAUUAAGUUUCUUGGAUCCAAAAUCGGUCAAUCGGCCAUUAAUCUAAUUAGAGAGAAGCAUUAUAAUCAAUUCCAAUAUAUGGUACAAGAAUUUUCUAGGCGUGUCAAAAUUCCGUUCACAGGAGAAAGCAAAGAUUUUAAACCAUUUGAUUUGGAUUUGGAAGAACUUUGUCCAGUGGCAAAGCAGUAUAUAAGAGGUUCCCAUCGCGACGAAUUGGAAGAAAGUGAAUGGGUGGUUGAACUGAAAUUUGAAGACGUUAAAAACAUGUUUGAUCCGGUAGUAAAAAAGAUUUUAGGUUUAAUUCGUCAACAGCUUGACGAAUACAAUGAUUAUGUUUCGGCUAUAUUAUUAGUCGGUGGAUUCAGCGAGUCUAAAUAUUUACAGGUCAGAGUCAAACAAGAAUUCAAGCAAAGAGUGAGGAACAUAUCUGUACCUAGCAAUCCAAUAACAGCAAUUGUUAAAGGAGCCGUUCAUUAUGGAUUGAAGCAAGACGUCAUUGCUACUCGUGUAUUGAAAUGGACUUAUGGAACUGACGUUGCCCGCAUGUGGGAACCAGGUGAUCCACCAAAUCAGAAACUUCCGGGUGAUAUUGUUAUUGAAUUUUCAAUAUUGGCAAAACGUGGAGAUGAAAUUUCCGUUGAUGAAGUAGUUACCCGAGUAUUCCGUCCAGCUUCUAUUUUACAAAGUAAAAUCGGUUUAGAUUUAUUUACCACUGACAAGGACGACGUAAAUUUUUUUGAUUCGCCUCAUAUCAACUUACUUGGUAAAUGGUCUAUUGAUAUACCCGUAACAUUUAGUAUAAGACCUAUUUUCAUGGUCUUAAACUUUGGUGAACUUGAAAUUGACGCUGCUGCUUUUAAUUUGUUAACCGGUGAAAGUUACAAUACGACAUUUGAAUUAGAUAUCUAA